AUGGAUAAUCAACCAACUAAACAAUUAUUCGUCAGACCAAUUCCAUAUGGAACUUUAGAAGAUGAAGUUAGAAAAUUUUUUAAUGAAGUAGCACCAGUUACAGAUAUUAGAUUAAUGGAAUCUUAUGCAUUUGUUGGAUUUGAAAAUGAACAAGAUGCAGGUAGAGCAUUAGAUGAAUUAAAUAAUCAAACAUUUAGAGAAGAACCAUUACAAAUUGAAUUUGCAAAAGAAAGAAGAGAAGAUACAAGAGGUAAAUAUAGAUUAAAAAUUAUUGGAUUACCUGAAAAUGUUGCAUGGCAAGAUAUAAAAGAUUUUGUUAGAGAUAAAACUUCAAAAGAACCAAAUUAUGUUAAAGUUUUUAGAGAUUAUGAAACUGGUGAAACUAAUUGUAAUAUGCAAUUUGAAAGUGCUGAAGAUUUAGAAGAAGCAAUUCCAUUAUUAGAUAAAACAGAUUAUAAUGGUUCAGAAAUUAGUGCAGAAGAAGAUACUUCACCAUAUUUCCCACCAAGAAGAGGUGGGUUCAGAGGUGGAUUUAGAGGUAGAGGUGGAUACGAUGGUGGUUUCAGAGGUGGAAGAGGAGGUUUUGGAGACAGAGGUGGAUUUAGAGGUGGAAGAGGCGGUUUUGGAGACAGAGGUGGAUUUGGAGAUAGAGGUGGAUUCAGAGGAGGUAGAGGUGGAUUCGGAGAUAGAGGUGGAUUCAGAGGAGGUAGAGGUGGAUUUGGAGACAGAGGAGGUUUUAGAGGUGGAAGAGGAGGUUUUGGAGACAGAGGUGGAUUUAGAGGUGGAAGAGGAGGUUUUGGAGAUAGGGGAGGAAGAGGUGGCUACGAUAGAGGAUAUGAUAGAGGAGAUGGAGGAUAUGGUGAUAGACAAGGUUCUUACAAUAGAGAAAGAUCACCAACUCGUUUUUAG